AAAUAGGUAACUUUUAUUAUAGUAAUAUUCAGUAUAUAUAUAUUUCUUAUAUAAUGAUGCAUCUAUCAGCUGAUUGACUAACUUAGUUUCGCUAUUCAUUUAAAGAUGUGCAUACUUGAAUAAAUGAUAAUAAUAUCAAGUGAUAAUCAAAUACAUAUAUUCUUCUUAAAUCUGAUUGGUUAUCGUUUACUUCAAGGUUAUUCACUUGAUCAGUACGAUUUGAUUGGAUAUAAUAAGAUGAAAUGAAACAAAUAAAACAAGCACAUUAUUUAAAAUUUCACUUUUUUUAGAAAAUUAUUAACUGUAAAUUUUAGUGAAGUAUAUAUAUGCUAGUUAUUAUUUAUAUUUCAAUUUAACUACAUUAUUAUUCUAUAUAAAAGAAAAGAAACCUUAUCAAGAUUACAAUAUGCUUCAACCGGAUGAACUUGAUGCAAUAGAAAAAUUAAAUGAAUUAUGUGAAAAAGAAGAAAAAUUAGAUAAACAACCAUUCAAAAAAAAUCAUAAAAAUCAUCAUCAUGAACAUCAUCAUAAUAAUAAUAAUUUAUCAUCUGUAUUUCGUUGUAGUGAUACACGUACAUUGAAAGCAAUAAAAAAUGUAUCAAAAGAUGAAUUCAAUACUACUACUAAUACUACUGAUACUACUCCUACUAAUACUACUACUACCAAUACUACUACUAAUAAUAAUCAUAAUAAUAGUAAUAUAAAUGAUAAUCAUUUAAUACCAACUGGUUUACCAAGAAUUCAAACAAAAAUUACGGUUAAAAUAUUAAAAUAUGAUUGUUGUAUUACAGUAAUAUUAGAUCCAACAACUAAAUUAAAUACAAUUAAAGCGAUGUAUGAUUUAAAUGAACAACUUAUUAUUAUUGGUUAUCAACGUUUAAUUACAUUAAAAACAUUAGAUCAUUUACCAAUGAAAUUUAAUGCAAUUAUUGAACAAAAUAAUAAUUUAAAUUAUGAUUUAACAACAUAUGUUGAACAUAGAUAUAAAGUAAAUUUAAAUAUGUAUUAUUUAAAUUCAGCGCGUGUAAAACAAAAAAAUAAUAUUGUUUAUAUUAUUAUACCGCGGAAAAUUUAAAUAUAUAUGUAUAUAUAUAUAUAUAUAUAUAUAUAUAUAUAUAUAUAUAUAUAUAUUCAAUCAUCAUCAUCAUAAUAAUAUAAAUAUAUAUCCUCGUCCCCACCCCUCAUAUCUUUUUGUUGUUGCUAUGACUGGUAUUGAACGAUUUCAAUGGUUAAUGUUGUUACCAAAUAUGAUACAUCAAUUGAAUAUUGAAUAAUAGAUGUAUUAGGAUGGUCAAAUUUCAUUUUUUUAUUAUUAUAUCAUACCGCUUGUAUAUGACUUAAUUUUCUUUAUAUUGAUUGUUUACACUUCAUUAGGUCUUCUUUUUUGUGUUAAAAUGAAAUAUGUUGUAAUCAAUUUUACAUGAUAAUAUAAAUUGGAUUUCGAAAGUUGUAAUUGUCCAAUUUCAGAUAAUAAAAAAC